AUGACCCACCAAAGCUUAAGCUACAGUGGAUUGGACGAAAUUGACACCGGGCUCCAACGCCCACAAAGCACUCCGAUCCAAUUCAAGAACGGAUCAACGAAAAGACAGGGAGAACUGAGAACACGGAUCCCGCCGUCGAACCAUUCGAUCCCCGAAAAUCAAAAUCCAUCCGCCACGAGGACCUUCCAUCAAGUGGGAUUCGAUAACUCAACAAAACAAGCUCGGAGGCAUGAUCUUCGCGGUCCCGUCAAUAUCGAUCCCCAAAGGGAAGACCUAGGGAUCCCGAAUGAAACCGGAGCGUUUCAGAAUUAUAUCGAGAGGAACGAUGCCGAGCUCAUAAGGAUACAUGCGAUCGUGCAUAUGGCAACAAGCUCUGCCCCAUAUAUCUACAUGGACAUCGAGGAAACCAGAAGGACUCCAUUUACAAACAGAAUCGCCAGCGUCAGGCUGCAUCACGUCGGGAAGUUAAAAUUACCCGAAUAUGCAGGAAACACAGACCCAAAGGCCCACGUACGAGCCUUCUGUUUGGAAAUAUCGAGAGCACACCUCACCGACGACGAAAAAGAGGCCGUCUUCAUAGAGACAAGAGUUACCGAAGCAGAUCUUUGGAAUCUCAAGCAAGCACCUUUCGAGCCGUUGAGAGUGUACAUAAACAAGUUCCGAGAAAUCAAGGCCAAGAUUUCGCAUCCGAACGAGGUCGUCGCCCUAGCAGCAUUGAAGAAUGGCGCCUGGUGCUCAUCCAAAUUCAGAGAAGAACUAGCAGUACGGGCACCUAUCUCGUUGGAUGACGCCCUACACCGAGCCUCUUACUUCGCCACCCAUGAAGAGGAGGUCGCAGCCUUAAAAGAACAGUAUAGCGCGAACAAGAAUAAUGCGGCUAAAAAGCCUACUGCUCCUAAGGAGCCGGCUACCAAAGGACAACAUUCCUAUGCAAUAAACAACUCACCGCAAAAGUCUUCGACAUACGACCUCAGCAAAUAUUGUACCUUCCAUGACCGCAAAGGCCAUUCGACCGAAGAAUGUCGAGCCGCGCUUUGCAGUCAGAACGAAAAUAAGAAAACCACUGAAGAAACCGGAGAGGAAGAGGAAGAGCCAGUAACUCCAAAUUCCAGCCGAAAAAUCAAAGCCUCGACAAACAAAAGAGGCAGGGAGACCGAGCAGAAAUCACCGAGCUCCCCACCCCCAGCUCUGAAGAAAAGAGUCGACAUGAUUUCGUGGGACAUCACGCAACCGACGAAAUCAGGAGUCAGACCGAAGGGAAGAUACACUUCGAGAUCACGGUAG